CUCUCUCUCUCCUUCUCCCUCUCUCCCUCUCUCUCUCUCUCCCUCUCUCUCCCUCUCUCUCUCUGAGUAUGCUCAGUCAUUCAGCUCCGUGCACUGCUGUUGUUUCGUGAGGCUGGAGAGCCAGUGGGGAGCCUGUGAUUGGGGGAAUACACACUUGUGUCUGCACCAGAGACAAACUAGAUACAGUGGAGGGACGCUGGGACUCUGGAUUUUAACCUGCUCAUAACAAGAAGAGAUGGAUUUGUGGCACCUGUGAACUUCGGAGAGAAUGCACUGCACGUGUCAACGAUAUAAACUGCUCCUAUUUGGCAUCAGGACUGCUGGAGAAAUGGAGGUCUCUGAAAUCUGCUGUUUAUCUUGAGCACUGUUUGAUUUAGAUCUGCGCCUGAGAGGUCGACAACUCUGGUGGUACGUGCCAAAUCAUUAUGAUGUAAAUGGUGACACAUGAUUUCUCGCAUGAUUUAAUGGGAAACAAGAUACAGCUGAGCAAGGUUAACCACAAAAACAUCUGUUAUACCUGAUUACACCUGAGACGUGAGGGAAAAUGCCUGGCUCAAGGCAGGAUUAAAGGAGUAACCUGUGAUGUCAGACUUCACCUGGGGCAAUCGUCUCAGAAUCUGCCAAGUAGUUGUGUUGUCGAGGGGGGAGGGGGGAGCGGCGGGAGCAGACUUCAUUUCCAGGUGUGUAAACCGCACCAGACUUGACUCACCUGACAUCAGCUCAUCUCUGUUUGGGCUCAGCUGCUCAACUCAUUUUCUCACCUCAUCUUCUGAGUAAUCCCAGCUCUCAAUCGCCGCCCCUCGUUCUCUCCCCAUGGAGCCACUCAAAAGACGAGAGAAGCGACGCUGAUUAAUGUGACUCCUAGCAGCCUGACUCUCAUCCCGCAGUUUUAGAAACAAGAAAAGAGAAGGAAACCGCUGUGGCACUUGUGAACUGUCAUCACACGCAACAAGAGAAGCACCAUGUGGAAUCAGUCCGGAUACUGCAAUCACAUCCCUCACCCUGGGUAUCCCUUCUACCAUGCACCCUGCAGUCAUAACCAGAGGACCACGGCAUUCCGCCAUCCUGUGACCGGACAGAUUUCUCCAGAGAACGAGGACUUCAUUCUGCAAGAACAUCCACAGGGUGCUCGCAUGAUGUCCAAACCUGGGGCUGAGCAGCUCUCCAGCACCACCAUCAGUGAGGCCUCCACUGCCAUCACCUCCUCCACCGUGGACACCACGCCUGCCUCCAAGGGCUCCCGGUCCAGUGGUAAGGUGCACAGCUUCGGGAAGAGAGAGCAGGCCAUUAAGAGGAAUCCCAACGUCCCUGUGGUGGUCCGAGGAUGGCUCUACAAACAAGACAGCUCUGGGAUGCGACUUUGGAAGAGGAAAUGGUUUGUCUUGGCUGAUUUCUGUCUGUUCUACUACAAAGACAGCAGAGAGGAAUCGGUCCUAGGCAGCAUUCCUCUGCCCAGCUAUGUCAUUUCACCCGUGGGACCCGAGGAUCACAUCAGCCGCAAGUAUGCCUUCAAGGCUAGCCACACUGGUAUGCGCGCGUACAUUUACAAGCAGAGCUCUGUGAUUGGCUCGCAGGCGGAGCACACUGGCAUGCGGACGUAUUACUUCAGUGCAGACACCCAGGAGGACAUGAACACCUGGCUGAGAGCCAUGAACCAGGCCACGCUGAUGCAGAACCAUGGAGACACACUCAUCAGACCAGCUGACAAGUUAGAGAAGUUGCUGCAGCAGGCUGUUCCCCAGACAAACCACAUAAACCACCACAAGAUCAAGACUUCAGACUCUGAGACAAGACCCAUCAUCCACGAGGUUCUCCUGGAGCCCAUACACCGUGACGCCGAGAGCCGCUGCAGCUUUCACAAAGACUCUCCUGGCACCAUCAUGUUGGAGCACCCCAUAGGGAGCACUGGUCUGGAAAUGGACACCCACACUUCCCUGCCAUCCAAUCCUCCCCUUUCCACCCUCCCACAGUCAGACCACGUGUCGGCUUCAGCGCCUGUAUCAAGGGUACCAUCCCGUGCACCGUCACGAGCAGCCUCGACUUUGCCCUCCAGCGUUUGUACGAGGAACGGCCUCGUUUCCACGCCCAGCCCCAUCCUGGAGCCUAAUGGGAUCGCAGCCGGGACGUACCAGAGGGCCCCAGAGCCGCCUGCUGCAGACCCACAAAAGCAGGUGCACAGGAGAAGUGUUCUGGAGCAGGUGGAGCAGUGGGUCAAAGUGCAGAAGGCUGAGCACAAAGGCCCCCCAUCCAGGGAGAACACCCUCCCUCGCCGCACGCCUCCGACCCAGCACAAAUUCACCUCCAUUGACGCCUAUCAGACCCUGCCAAAAACUCCUCGCCAGAGUCCUUCGCCUGGUCGACUCGGCGAGUACAAGUACGCCCAGGACCGCCUGAGCCACUUCCGCCUCACCCCAGAGCAGGGAGGUCCAGGGGCCAACACCGUCUGGCAGCUGUAUGAGUGGCAGCAGCGACACCAGUUCCGUCACGGCAGUCCCACGGCGCCACUUUACACUCCGGCCCCAGAGUACCCAUUUGGUCCCCGACCCCCAUCCACUGUGCCUCCCUCCAACUCAGCUCCCAGGUCAGAGGGGCCUCCUCGCUGUGUGUCGGUACCACCUUCAUCCGCAGACAUCCCUCCACCGGGGCCCCCGCCCGGCACCAGCCGAACCCUGUCGCCCACGCGGAGGCCACACACGCCUGCUGAUCGGGUGACAGUCAGGCCUGUGAGUGACAUGUCAGUGUUGGACAUCCCCUUCACGGUGUCCCCCCGCAGAAGCAAAUCUCAGCUGCUCAAGGCUGCUACUAUUGAGAGACGGUCAAUGCCUACAUCUGGCUACAUCACACACACAGUCAGCGCACCCAGCCUUCAUGGCAAAACGCCGGAGGAGCUCACUCUGCUCCUCAUUCAGCUGCGCCGGCACCAGGCCAAGAUGGCCUCCGCACGUCAGCAAACGUUAGCCCAACUCCAGCGGCUCAACGGUCCCAAAGAGCCCCUCCACCAACACCGCCUCUUCACGGCUGCCACCACUAGCACCAGUCCCCUCCUCAGCGCUGGGCCCUCUCCUAUGUCCCACCUUGGUCAUGUGGGCCUCUCAGCUCCGCUAGGCCCUUGCAACUCCCAGGCGGAUGACACCUACAUGCAGCUGAAGAAGGACUUGGAGUAUCUGGACCUAAAGAUCAGAGCUCUAGAGCCCCUGAUCCUGGCAGUUCACAGUUUACUACUGCACUGCACUGCUGGGCCUCUCAGGCCUCUAAUGAACGUAGCUGGAAGUCAGACACUGAAGGAGUCAGGGAAAGCUGUCAAGGUUGCAGAAAGCGAUGUGGAUGUGAAGUUGAGUCGGUUAUGUGAACAGGACAAGAUCCUGAAGGACCUGGAGGUGAGGAUCAGCUCCCUGAAGGACGACAAGGACAAGCUAGAGAGCGUACUGGACGUGUCCCACCAGCAGAUGGAGCAGUACCAGGAGCAGCCGGCCCACGCCCACAAGAUCGCCUACCAGCAGAGGCUGCUGCAAGAAGAUCUGGUGACCAUCAGAGCCCAAAUAUCCCGCCUCUCCACGGAGAUGGCACAUGCCUGGGAGGAGUACAGCAGGCUUGAGAAAUCAGUAGAGCAGUUGAGGAUGGCACUGCAGGCACAUAUGAACCACAGCGCCACCCCACAGCCAGAGAAAGCUGAGAUGAAGCGGGAGCUGUGGAGGAUUGAGGAUGUGAUGGCUGGACUGAGUGCCAGCAAAGCCAACUACAAGAUCACAAUUGACUCAGUCCAGAACCCAGAGAGGAAACUAGUGCCUUCUGUGUCAGACCCGGCAGUGCCUUCUCACAGCGCAGAGGUCCAGCCUCCUCCUCGCAGCUCCAUCCCCACCAUCAUGUCCCAUACUUUGCCUCACAGCACUGUGCCAAAGUGGGCAGAGGACAGCGCCCCACCCAGGCCACCGCUGCCUCGCCUCUACGACUACGAGGAGACACCCCCUGUGGUGCCCCCCCUCCCCAAAGAGGCAUCAGUCAUCCGCCACACAUCAGUGCGUGGCCUGAAACGCCAGUCGGAUGAGAGGAAGAGGGACAGGGAGAGCGGGCAGUAUGUUGCUAAUGGAGACUGUAAGGCUGACUUGCGAUCAUACCUGAGUGAACCGGAGCUGCCAGGAAUUAGUCACCACAACAUGGGGUCGGAUAUUGACUAUCAGUACUUCCCAGGCAAAGGUCUACCAGGCUCCUCAGCUCAACUGAACCAGUCCAGCUCCAUCUCAUCCUACGUCACCCUUAGGAGAGGCCCUGGGAGCUCUGCAGCAAAGAAGGUACUAACCAUCCAUCUCUUGUGCCCACUAACCCAUCCUUGUUCCAAUUCUCCCCAUGUUUUUUCUCCAUCCUUGUCUCCUCAGGAGAGACCUAAGAGUGCUCUGGAGCGUCUGUCAUCACCCACAGAGACUCUUCACCUCCCAAGCAACCAAUCUCGAGGCCGAAUGACCGCGGAGGAGCAGCUGGAGCGGAUGAAGCGCCACCAGAAGGCGCUGGUUCGCGAGCGCAAGAGGAACCUCAGCCAGGGCGAGCGCUCCUACACGGGCCUCUCCACCUCUACUGCCACCACCCAGCGCUCCUCGUCCUCCUCCAGGCUGCCUUCCAGCGGCUCCGACCCUCCGACCUCCGUGUUUGACUGGCAGGAGGAGCGACCAGGAGCAGAAGGUCAGAGCGAUGAAGGGUGGAAUCCAGUCAGAGAGAGGGGGAGGAAACAUUCAGACGAGUGGGGGACAGCAACAGCUACACACAUACGAGAGGUGGACGUGGAACCUUUUGACUACAACUUGGAUAUCAGCCGAGAGCUGUCCAAACCACAGAAGGUUCCAAUCCCAGAGCGCUACAUCGAGUCUGACCCAGAGGAGCCUCCUAGCCCAGAAGAGCUGGAGGAACGUUCCCGCCGGGCCGAGCGCAUCAAGAACCUGCUGACCAAAUCCAGUGUUCAGAACAUACAGCCAUCUGCACCGCUGGACUUCGGUGAGCUGGACUCGGCUCUGCAGCAGCAGGAGAGGAUCAUGAACGUGUCCCAGGCCCUGGCUUCAGAGGCCUCACGCAAGAGCAAACAGGUCGCAGAGACUGAGUGGCUGGAGAGUCGGUGAGCAUGUCUGGUCCAGCCAAAGCUGCUGCAGAGCACUGACCCACAGGAUCGACCAGCACCACAGAACUGAAGAGAUUCUUUGUGAAGGGAAAGUAAAAAGGAGGAAACAUUUUUCUGCCAACUAACUGAUUCACUUGUAACAAAUCUCUUUUUAUGACUGACAGGAAGAUGCAUUUCUUAAAGAGUUUUUCAUUCAUAGUUUUGAAAUGUUAUAUAGUUUUCUUGCUUCUGCACUUACAUUGCACAAUUAAGUGAUAAUUUAUAACACGAGUGAGUUGCCUUUUUUAUCUACAGUUAUCUGCUCUGCACUUUGGUCUGCAUUUUUCAAAAAGGGAAAUGAAAUCCGAUUCCAGCGUAUUCAGAUUGCAGUGGGAAUGUUUCGACAUGAAUCGUUUAUUUAUUACAUUGGUUGGCUUGACAUGCUUCUGUCAACACUCACUCAAUGAUCACGGUCCUGUCAAUCAACUCAAAUGCAUUAAAAUAUGUAUGUAACAGUUUAAGCACACAAAAAAAGUGAAGUCAUUACAUAAAAUAAACCUAACGACUGAAAAAUCCAAA